GUGCGCUUUCAUUUCCGCACCAUCUUAUUUAAGCCUCAUCUCUGAGCGUUGGAAAUGCGACAAUCCGAUUUCGGAUACCACCUGCAUCUUCCUCGGGAAAAGCACUCCCUCCUCGCACUCCCGCCGGCAUGGUGUUCUUCAGCCUCCUGUUGCUGUGCCUCCUCUUACCUGCCAUUGUCCAUGGAAGAACUUUGCCCAGAGGUCACAGAUAUUCGUUUGAUUUCCUGAAUGACAAAGUGUAUGACUUCUCGGACGACGUAUCCAUCCUUACUUAUUUCAAUAAAGAUCGAUCGCAGUCUCGGAGCUUGAAGCAAACCCUGCCUGCCGCCCUCGAAAUGGAAGAGGCCAGUCCACCCUGCCCGUCGUCUCAUGUAGAGAAGACCGCUCCAUCUUUAGACUUGUACCAUAUCGGAGACUUCAAAUUCUCCGUGCCGACCAGGACCAGUGCAGGUAUUCUCAAGAGGAAAGUCGUUGCGGAAUGCGGAUUUCUACUUGGACUGACAGACUUUACAGAAAUCCCGCCUUUUGGUAAUCCUCAAGACUCGACUAGUUCACCCGAGCUGUGGUUCCGGUGGAAUCGAUUAAGAGCUAAAUGCCAGAUUUCUACAGUUCUGGAUGGGCUGAAAGGGAAGGGUGAAGCUGACGUGCUGGUCAAGCCUCUGGUCAUGCUUGUUCGAGUACCACCGACGGAACCAUCAAUGCCAGAGAUCGAGAUGACUAGAGCUAAAGAAGUGACUGUCAGUCUUCAAGGUUUGGACGCUUUGCCGCCUGAAGCCACGAAAGCCAUAAGUUCCGACAUUGAAUCUAGAAUGAUAUGUAUCGUGAAUAAUGAGAUAAGGGACAUUUUAAAAGAUUCAAUGAAAAGCAGCAUUGAGAAACAACCUUCCGCAAAUUUUACUAAACUGAUAUUCGAUCGACAGCCUUAGAGAAGGAGAGAAGAAUCUAUUUAUUUUGUUGUAUAAAGAGCUUUAUAUGAAAUCGAUGGAUGAUCUCAUUAUAUGUGUUUGUGUCCAUUACAGAGCCUUAACAAUAAUACUGAGGACAAUUAAUAAAUGUAUCAUUAUGUGUUGACAAUAUUGUUUUUCAGAAUUAAAAGCAGAUGAAAAUUGUACGCAAUAUCACGAAAUGCGAACUGCAAAUGUUCUUUUAUAAAAAAAGGUAUGUGUUGUUUCAACUGUCAACGGAAUUAUUUUGAAUUGUUUGUCAAAUACAUUGAAGAAUGGCAACGAUAAAAUGAAAAACGAAUUCAAUUUUUUGUCUUAUAUUAAG